AUGGCAGUUAUCCAUGACUUGUUAUCUAUGGCAGUUAUCAAUGACUUGCUAAGUUCUGUUAUCCAAUUGCAGGUUCUAAGUUAUAAUUGUAACCAUAGUUCUCACGUCCACGCCACAGAGAAGGGAACCACGCCACAGAGAAGGGAACCACGCCACAGAGGGCCAGAACCACGCCACAAAGGGCCAGAACCACGCCACAGAGAACGGAACCACGCCACAAAGGGCCAGAACCACGCCACAGAGAACGGAACCACGCCACAGAGGGCCAGAACCACGCCACAGAGAACGGAACCACGCCACAGAGGGCCAGAACCACGCCACAGAGAACGGAACCACGCCAAAGAGGGCCAGAACCACGCCACAGAGAACGGAACCACGCCACAGAGGGCCAGAACCAUGCCACAGAGAACGGAACCACGCCACAGAGGGCCAGAACCACGCCACAGAGAACGGAACCACGCCACAGAGGGCCAGAACCACGCCACAGAGAACGGAACCACGCCACAGAGGGCCAGAACCACGCCACAGAGAACGGAACCACGCCACAGAGGACCAGAACCACGCCACAGAGAACGGAACCACACCACAGAGGGCCAGAACCACGCCACAGAGAACGAAACCACGCCACAGAGGGCCAGAACCACGCCACAGAGAACGGAACCACACCACAGAGGGCCAGAACCACGCCACAGACGAUGGAACCACACCACAGAGGGCCAGAACCACGCCACAGAGAACGGAACCACGCCACAGAGGGCCAGAACCACGCCACAGACGAGGGAACCACGCCACAGACGAGGGAACCACGCCACAGACGAGGGAACCACGCCACAGACGAGGGAACCACGCCACAGACGAGGGAACCACGCCACAGACGAGGGAACCACGCCACAGACGAGGGACCUGUGUGUGUGUAGCAGGCCGUGA